AUGAACGGGACCAACGCAUCUGGUCGAAUGGUCUCGUUGCUCAACGAGGAGCCCUCUCGACCCUCAGUGCACUCGCGCAGUACCAGCAGCAUUUCACACUCAUCGUUUCGGGAUUCAAUUUCCCCUCGCCUUUGGGAUCGUUAUUCACCUUAUGCUUCACCUGAAACUCCUGUGCUAGAGCGUCUUGGCUCGACUUCUUCUCUUGAAUCUCCUCCGCCGUUGACCCCCAUCUACGCAACUGCACCGCAACCCUUCGCUCUGACAAUGGAAGCUGCCUCACAUCCGGCUCUCGCGUCCGCAGGGCCUCCUCCGUACGCCGUGUCAGCAGCGCGCGACCCUCAUAUUUACGCUAGCGGUGCAGACGAUUUAGCUGCUACGGCUCCCACUGCUCCGCCUUUCUCCCGCACUUCUUCGCUCGUCGAGCCUACCUCCCCGCUCACGCCUGGCACGGCUAUUCCGGCGAAGAAAAAUAGCUACCCGUGCCCCUACAAGAAGAGCCUCGGGUGCUUGGAUACCUUUACAACGUCGGGCCAUGCCGCCCGCCACGGCAAGAAGCAUACGGGAGAGAAGAACGUGCUCUGCCCCAUUUGCGGCAAGGCUUUCACCCGCAAGGACAAUAUGAAACAACAUCAGCGAACCCACGAGACUGGACGGGCAGCCGCAGCCGCAGCGGCUGCAGCCAACGCCGUGGCCGCGUCCGUCAAUCCCAACCUUGCGGUUUCUGAGGAGCCACAAGCCAAGAAGGCAAAGACUAGCACCACACGACGAGAUUCACGACGGCCCCGGCCUGCUUCGAUUCACACAUCUUUGCCCAUGCACACUCGGCCUGACGAAUUAAGUCCCCAGUCUGCGUCUGUUACUCAGCAACCAUGGAGCGCCCAUGAUGAUACCCGCGCCCCGUCCCAAUAUCAACAAUGGCCGGCUCCUCAGAGCCCAUAUUCGGCGACGGAAACUCACCGCUUCUCGUAUGAUGGCGGUGCGGCCUCGCCUGAGUACGGUGGUGAUCCAAGCGCCCCCAAGGGUCUUCAUGCUCUGGCGCUCGUUGCCAGUGGGAUUAACUUUGACACGGGCGUGAUGCGCAAUCCUUUGCGCGUCUAA